AUGGCCAAAAGUCAGGCACGUCGCGCGCAGCGCGCUAAAGAUGUAGUGCCCCACGACUUGGAAGAUGAAGAAGCUUUGCACGAAGGCGAGGAUGAAGCAGGUAUUUCGCAAAAAGGACUGGAUCGAUUGAUGCGUGCUCUUGGUCCAGACAGCCUGGGAGAUAUGGACAUGGCCCUCCUCGAGCAGCUUCGAAAUGAGGAAGACGAGGAGCAGGAUGAGGAUGAGGACGAGAAUGAUGACGAGGAUGAAGAUGACGAGGAGGAGGAGAACGUUGAGAACCUCAUUGACGAUGAAGCAGAAGAUGACGUGGACGAGCAGGAGGAAGAGGAGGAAGAAGACGACGACGACGAAGAUGUUGAGGACCUCAUUGACGACGAAGCUGAAGAAGAAGACGCGGAUGAUGACGAGGAGGAUGAAGAUGACGACGAUGAAGAUGUUGAGGACCUCAUUGACGACGAAGCUGAAGAAGAAGACGUGGACGAUGAGGAGGAGGAAGACAGCGAGGGCCGCAUUGACGAUGAGUCGAAAGAAGAGGAAGAUGAGAAUUCUGUGGAAAUCGAUAAUAAGGAUGGGAAGAAUGCUUCUUCCUCUGCACCGAAAGAUUCUCUUGCCGCGAGUAUUCUGCGUAGUGGUCUUGUCCCAGACGAGGAUGACGACGACGACGAAGAAGAAGAAGAAGAAGAAGAAGAAGAAAAUGAUGAUGAAGAGGAAGAGAUUCCUCUGGACUCGCUUCCCUCGAGUGCCUCAUUGUCAGAGCAGGCACUAGCCUCGCGUCAUAACCGCAUUCGCAUUAACAACACCGAAGCCAUGCAGCGCGUCUAUGAGGACAUGAGAUUAGAUGGCCCCAGCACCUCGGGCAAAAUGCCAUGGAUUGAGACCAUGUCACUUGUGUACGAGCACGCAACGGCCGACGAGGUCCCAGAUGCCCAGAAUGAUCUCGAUCGCGAACUGUCUUUCUACCGCCAGUCACUCGCGGCGGCUAUUCGCGGCCGUGAGCUUGUGCUGGCAGCCAAAGUGUCGUUCAGUCGUCCGAAUGACUACUUUGCAGAGAUGGUCAAGACGGAUGAGCACAUGGAGCGUGUGCGUCAGCGACUCCUUGAUGAAUCGGCCAGCAUUAAAGCAUCCGAGGAUGCGAAGCGCCAGCGUGAGCUCAAAAAGUAUGGCAAGAAGAUCCAGACAGAGAAACUGUUUGAGCGGCAGCGCAGCAAGCGCGAUAUGCAAGAGAAAGUCAAUGCACUCAAGCGCAAGCGUCAGACGGGCCUGGAUAUGGACGACGACGAGUUUGAUGUGCAAUUGGAAGAAGCGCUCGGUGAGCGUAAAGCCUCUCAGCGAACACAGCGCGGUCCGAACAAGAAGCGCCAGUAUCGCGACGAAAAGUAUGGUUUCGGUGGCAAGAAGCGCCACAACAAGUCGAAUACGGCAGAAAGCACGGACCAAGUGGGUCCUUCGCGCCGCAAGCCUGGUCAGCGACCGAAGGGCGGCAAAGCCAAGCGACCGGGCAAGGCGAGGCGAGCGGCACGUCGCUAG